AUGUCUCGGUGGAGUGAAAAGGAGAAGAAGAAAGACUACAAGUACAUUACUAUAUACUGGGACACGGAAUGUACAACACACACCCCUGUAGAAGGUAAAGCGGAAACAUUUGAACACAUCCCAAACCUUAUUGUCUCACAGGCAGUCUGUGACGAGUGUGCGAAUGUAGAGCAGAAUGAAUACUUUUGUACGGUGUGCAAGACACGUCAGCAAAUAUUUCACAAUCUUGACGAUCCCAGCAUCAAUGUUAUGGGACAGUUCAUAGAUUAUCUUCGGUCAUUCCCUGCUAAAACUCAACUAUUGAUUGUGGCGCAUAAUGCACGGUCUUAUGAUGGCCCAUUGUUGCUGCAGGAGCUUACUGCAAGAAAGAUUAAAGUAGAUUCUACACAACAAGGAGCUAAAAUUAGUGCAUUGAAGGCUGGGAACUGGAAGUUUAUAGAUUCCCUAAUGUUUCUAGCUAUGCCUCUUAGUGCGAUGCCUAAUUCUUUUGCGCUAAACGAGCUCAAGAAGGGCUACUGGCCUCAUCUUGCAAACAAGCCUGAGUAUUACAAAUAUGAGGGACCUAUGCUUGAGAAAAGCUUGUACUGUAUUACUGAAAUGAAGACCAAAGCAGCGAAGGAAUUUACGGAGUGGUAUGAUGAACAGGUGGCUGCUAACUAUGUCUUUAACUUUCGACGUGACUUUCUUGAGUACUGCAUCUCAGAUGUGACUGUUUUGAGGCGUGCUGCCACGGCGUUCCGGAAGCUUUUCUGUGAAGUUGCUGGGUUUGACCCUAUGUUUAACUGCGUAACUCUCAGCAGUGCAUGCAUGUCAGCAUUUCGCCGUAACUUCCUCAAAGCAGAGACGAUUGGAAUAGUCCCGCCAGGGGGUUACCAUGGGCGAGGAAAACAAUCACAUAUUGCACUGCAGUGGUUGGAUUAUGAAACACACGUCUUGGGUAGAAAAAUCACGACGAUGUAUACCGACCGUGAGGUCAAAGUAAUGGGGAGGCAAGUUGAUGGAUAUGUAGAACUCCCUCUCCCAGACGGUGGUGUAGAGCAACGCAUUUAUCAAUUUCAUGGGUGUUAUUGGCACAACUGUCCAAUCCAUUUUCCACCCACAUCUGACUCAGAAGAAAACAGAUAUGAAAAAACACAACAAAUCACAGCUCUGUUCCGUGAAGCAGGGUACAAAGUUAUUGAGAUGUGGGAGUGUGAGUUUAAAAGACUACUCAAACACGAUCCAGACGUCACUCAGUAUUUCACUGCACAUCCUUUCACCAGAGUAACACCUCUGAAUCUACGCGAUGGGUUGGCUGGUGGUCGCACGAGUGCACUUCGUUCUUAUCAUAAAAUAGAUCCAAAAAAAGGGGAAAAGAUCAUGAUGGUGGACGUGGUAAGUGAAUACCCAAAUGCUAACCUUCGUGCAGUCUAUCCUGUAGGACACCCUACAAUACACUUGGAAGGCUCACUUGAUAUUCCUCCACCUGAACUCUGGAAUGGUAUGAUAAAAUGCACUGUACUACCUCCCCAGAACUUAUUCCUCCCUGUGCUGUGGUACAAGUACAACGGAAAGUUACUAUUUCCACUAUGCCGCACUUGUGCUGAAACAGAAAGCACUGAGAUAUGUCAUCAUGAGCCCCAUCAACGUGAGCUAUUGGGCUCAUGGUGUGCCCCGGAGCUCCAUCUAGCCCUUGAGAAAGGUUAUGAACUUCUAAAAGUUCACGAGGUUUACCAAUAUCCAGGGACAUCACAGUUCAACCCUGAAACACAGGAGGAUGGUGUCCUUUCAGCAUAUGUGAGGUGUUUCAUGGCACUGAAAAUUCAGGCCAGUGGGUGGCCUGCUAACUGCAAGAGUGAAGAGGAAAAGCAAAAGUAUGUGGAAGACACACUUAAGUUUGAUGGAGUGGUGUUGGACCCAACAAAAAUGGAGAAAAAUCCAGCCCUAAGAACACUAGCUAAAUUAAUGUGUAACUCGUUCUGGGGCAAGUUUGGAGAAAAGACACUCAGACCUAAGACCCACCUCAUAUACAAUUACGGGCAACUUAUGAAGCUCCUUACUAAUCCUUCCAUUGAAAUCACAAGUAUUAUUCCACUUGGUGAAGAGUGCAUGCAAGUAACAUGCAUGCCUGUCGAAGAUAGUGAGGAAUCUCUCCCCACUUCUUCUCUAAUCCAUGCUGCUUUCACAACAUGCCAUGGACGACUCCAGCUGUAUCAGUACAUGGAGAUCGUGGGACAGCGUGCCCUUUAUACAGAUACUGACAGUCUGUGUUACAUCAGCUGCCCUGAUGAGCUAGACCCUCCCACAGGGACCCACUUGGGCGAUCUAACUGAUCAAAUUGAGGAGGACUACGGACCUUCAAGUUAUAUCGUAGAGUACGUAGGAGGAUCUCCUAAAAACUAUUCCUACGCUGUGGCGGUGGGUGGAGACACCUCUAACAUCAAAUACUGCAUCAAAGUGCGUGGCAUAAGCAUCAACAGUUCUUGUGAUCAGAUAGUCACGUUUGAAAAUCUGAAAGCCAUGGUGUUGGGAAAUAAAGAGAAGACCAUAGUGCCUAUCCCCCGUCAAAUUGCCCGCCUUACAAAUUGGAAGAUAGUAACACGAGCCAGCAAAAAACAGUGGCAGGCAAAAAACACUAAACGCCGCCGUGUUGGGCUGGAGAUGACUGUGCCACUCGGCUACAACGCAUGGACCAUGGCCGACAAGGAGGACCAAGACCUCCUCGAGGUCAUGGAAGUGCUUGAUGGCGCCUAA